AUGGGGAACAGUAAGACGACCAUAAUCAAAAGCACGCGGGAAAGGCAACCAAUCAGAGCUUUCGGUAAACAUACCUUGAAAGGCACUUCCCUCAAGGAGGCCCUUUGUGGAAUCAGCCACCAGUGUGUCUGGGACAGCCAUUCGAGGAAGGCGGCCCCUGUAAUUUCGUCUCAGAGGAUUUUAUAUCGUUAUACUGGGUUUUAUUUCGGAAAGGAGUUGAUUCCGAAUACUGUCUACGUUUCCCUAGAUGGAACUGGACAGCUGACGGGGAAUUACAAGAAGGCUCUCCACUCAACUACAUUUUUUAAGCCCGUUUCCCUUGCCGGCGUCACCAUGGCGGGUCGCAGGAUGACCUACGUCGUCUUCGCCUUUACGCUGCUGUCCGCGGGUCUCGGAGAAGAGACCGAAUGCCCGAGCCUAGAGAACACCUACGCCGUGACGGAUGUGCUCAGCGCCAUGAACAAACUGCUGACGAUUCUGGCCCAAGAGGUGCGAGAGCUUAGAUCCCAAGUGGUAGAGAGCUGCACGGCUAAGGACAACGAGACCAUGGCUUGUGCAACGGCGGCC